AAAACAUCUUGGCCAAGUGGAGUAUGGCUCGUUUUGCUUUGCAUUGCUCUGGUUGGUUCCUCUGCUCAGAAACAGCCAAAGAGUCAACAUGACGGACACUCACAUGAGAGGAUACACAGCACGAAAAAGUACUGUGAACCUUCCUUCAGCAACCAAACAAAGUGCGGCUCUGGCUUCUACAGAGAACGGACUGGACCAUACCGGGGUCAGUGUGUGCCAUGUCGCUGCAACGGACUCUCCAAUGAGUGUGAUGAGCAAACGGGGAACUGUGUGGUUGGUGUUAUUCACUCAGACAGUGGCACACAUUCAUUUGUUCAUUCACAGCACACUGGACGGUUGUGGCUUUCACAGGCACAUUGCCAAAUCAGACAAAACAUAUUGUUCACGUCAUGUUUCAUCUCUGACUAACCUCCAGAACUGUCCAUUCAACACCACCGGUAAUCGCUGCCAACGCUGUAAAGAGGGUUACUAUGGAAACCCCGGCAACAGGACCUGCCAGGCCUGUCCGUGCCCUUUUACAUGGAACAAUUUUGCUUUGGCCUGUCUGGACAUUGGCUCAGGUGUGGUUCAAUGCUUGUGUAAACGCGGUUACAGUGGAUUCAGCUGUGAGAGAUGUGCACAUGGUUACUUUGGUAAUCCACUGGUGCAUGGAGGCAGCUGCAAGCCCUGCAAGUGGGGGGACAGCAACUUGGAUGUUUGUGAUCCUCUAGCUGGAGGCUGUGACAGUUGCACCUAUACUUUACUAAUUGAUUUGGAGAAAAUGGAUGAUAGUCUAACUUGGUUGGAGCAGCAGCUGCAGAACAUCAGUCGUGUCUCUGGUUCCCACUCAAAUCUGACCAACCUGGAAGCUAUCAUCGCUGAUAUAAAGAUUUUGUCAGCGAGCUACAGCUCUGCUGUGAGACAACUGGAGCCAACGUCUAAACAGCAGGAAGCAGACGUAAACAUUGUCAGGAACAACUUGAGUCAACUUUUUCACAAGACUCUUCAGUUUGAGUCAGAUCUGGACAAGGUUUUGCAGAAUGUAAAUGGAACAAAGUUGAAGGCUGAUGAGCUGCUUCCUAAAGCUGAAUCUCUCUUCACAGCAACACAGGAUUUGAUAAAACGCUUAUCUGAGGCAAAACCCGGAGGAUCCAUUACUCUGUCUGAGAAUGACAGAGUCAGGAUGGUGGAGGAAGCUCAGCGUUUCAUGCAGGAAAUGAGCGAGAGAAGCUGUGCUGCUCAGAGAGGCCGCGCUGGCAGCGAGCAGGAGGAGGCACACACAUUGCUGGACUUAAUCAGGGCCAGCGAGACAGCUCCGGUGAAAAUCAUCCAGGCUUCAGACUCUCUGAGGAAACUGGCCAAGCUGCUGUCAGAGGCAGAGGAGAAGUUCAACGCAACUCAGGCCCUAAACCUGAAGAGUCGUGCUGCCCUUCAACAUCUGUGGAUGAAGAAUAAACUGAGCACUCUCCUCCCUGUGACUGAAAUGACUAAAGAUGUGCUACACAACGUUACUGACAUCGUCUUAAUGCUGAAGGAACGUCAACAAGAGUCUGAGAAUCAUGCGGCUCGACUGGAUGGCGCUCGAAGGGAACUCUCCGUGAGACUGAAUAAAUCUUUCCAAAUGAAGAAAAAGUGGGAUGUUGUAAACAGAGCUGAGGAGCAGACGGAGCAGCUUCACAGAGCUGCAGCUGAAUGUCAGCAAGUGUUUAGUAAUUCCUUGGACAGUAAUGAAUUGCUAAGUGCAGAAGUGGCUGCAAAUCAGUCCAAAGAGGCAGCUGAUCGAGCCAUAAUGGCAAACCAGGAUCUGGUGAAAAGAAGUGAAGGACUCAAAGAAAGCAUAACUGAUUUACAAACAGAAGCCAGCGACACUCAGAGUUACUUUGACAGACUUUCAUAUACACUGACCACCAGCAAACACCAUGUGAAAAGGGAAAAGGAAAAAAGAGAAGCGCUGAAAAUGAGCAUCUCAGCCGUCGGCAGUGACCUCAGAGCGCUGAGAGGAGAUGACAACAAGGUCCUGAUAGAGUCAGCGAAAAUGGCUGCUUCUGUGUCUAACUCCACAGUCAGAGCACUUACACAGAGAGUGAGGAAUAUCAGCCAAGAAGUGGAAAGACUCCCUUUAACCACCGUGAAUAUGGACAAUGUGUUGACUAAUGCAGAGCAGGCAUUGACAAACUUAGAGACAGCUCUUCCUGUGUUGACAAACCGCCUCAGACAAGUUGAGACUCUCAAAGGGAAAGUGGCGCCGAGUGCCAACAUGACAGAAAGCAUCAGGAGAAUCAAGGAUGUGGUAGAUGAGACAAGAACCUUUGUCAACAGGCUCUCCAUUGCCAUGACAUUCAAUGGGAAAAGUCACGUCGAGCUUCCUCCUCCGAGAAUCCUCGAGGACAUAAAACCGUUUACAUCUGUCGAUUUGCUUCUAAACCGUCAUCAAAACAACCCCCCAAAGGCCGACCGCAGGCGAAGGCAACGGUGGGGCAAACAAAGAGAUGCCAACCUCUUUGUCUUCUACCUGGGCAACAAGGAUGUCUCUGGAGACUACAUUGGGAUGGCAAUCAGGGACAAUGUGUUGAUUUGUGUUUUCAAGUUGGGAGACGUCGUCCAUCAGGUGGAAACCAGUCCAAUAACAAGAAGCACCAAUUUAAAUUCACCAGACUUUGACAGGAUUGUUUUUCACAGAGUUUACCAAGAUGCUGAAGUGAUCAUCAUACGCAACUUCACGUCACAACAACCCGUCAGACUCGCUCCCAUACGUCACCUGUCAAGCACAGUGACGAGCGUCCUCCACCUGGAUCCUGACAGUGUUGUUUUCUACGUGGGUGGUUAUCCUGACGACUUUACGCCUCCACUGGAGCUGCGUUACUCCAGUUUCAGAGGAGCAAUGAAACUGUCCUACAUCAACGAUAAACCCGUGUCUUUGUUCAACUACAAACAUGCGGCCAAUAUGAAGGAAAAGCAGCCUUAUAUCAAGAUUCCCAAAACAGAGGUGUCUGAUUACUAUGAUGGGACAGGUUACCGCAUGGCAUUCGUAAAAGAGCCGGAGAAGAAAAAGAGAAGAUUGUUCAAAUUUCACACCAACAGCAGAGAGGCAGACGCUUUGUUAUUCUACAUUGGAAAUGAAGCGUCGUUUCUUUGUGCGUUUGUGGAGCGAGGCUUCCUGGUGCUUCAGGCUCGACAAGCAGGUCGAGAGCGCAGAGCUCAGAGUGCUGAAAAGAUGACUCUAUUUGACAAAGCCUUUGCAAUCACCAUCGCAGAACAAUUCACUGUUCAUUAUGGACAACAAAGCAUUUCCACAGAGCACAUUCACGCAAACUACACGAGUUAUUAUGUCGGGGGUUUGCCUGCACAUCUGAGGCUGAGGCACAACAUCACAGCUCCACCACUGAGAGGAUGUGUCGAUCACGUGACGGCAGACGCUGAGAUCAUCGAGUACAACAGGACGUUGGGCGUCGCUGAUGGAUGUCCACAUUCACUACUGGGUGUCCGUACAGCUACAUUGUACUCAGCUCUGCCUCUUGAUUCCCUGUUUGUCUGGGACGAGCGGCCGGUCGCAGUCUCUCUGGGUUUCAGGACCACAGACAGAGAUGGAACUCUUGUCAGGAGCAGAUCUCAGGGUUCCUCUGCCUAUGGCCUUCACUUGUCCCUGAGUGAUGGUUAUGUGGUAUUUAACAGCCACAAUUACAGCUUGAAGUCUGACGAGAGAUACAGUGAUGGAAAAUGGCACUAUUUGUCUGCAGUGAAGACGCCAAAAGGGUUGGAGCUCAGUGUUGAUAAUAUAAAAGCAGCUCAGGCACCGUUACACCAUUUCAGAGCAGUGGAUCAGAAAUCACAAGAGGAGAAAUUCAAAUGCUGCAUCUCUAACCUUUAUAUAAGAAGGCUUGAGCAGAACUUCAUACCUGCUGAUCUAAGCUCUCUUCCUCAAAUGGGAGACAUGCUUGCUGGCCAGUGCAGUCUCUACACGGAGCAUUCACUGCCAAAGAAGCACCACAACAACAACAAACAUGUCCAGGGCCCCACAGGCAGCCAGUGUAAACACCAACAGUCCCACCGAGGUGAAUACCAGCUCUACGAUGAACACAGCUGGCUCAGUUACUCGCUGCCACAAGAGGAUCUUAAUUACCGGCCUCACUUAUCUGUUGAUGUCAAGACCAAAUCCUCCAAAGGGCUGAUCCUCCAUGUGGCAGGGAGAGGAGUUGUGCCACUGCUGGCUCUGUACGUGGCUAAUGGAAAGAUCAAGAUGUCACUGGGGCAAAACAGACUCAUCCAAUACAAGCAGAACAGCAACGACGGGAACUGGCACAGAGUUGAGCUCAGUGUGGAGAAACACACUUUCCAUCUGUUGGUUGAUGGAGUUCGAGUGACUGACGGUCACCUACCAAACGAUGAGGGCGCAUCUUUGGACCUGUCCAACACUGUGUAUCUGGGGAGUGAUCUGAAAAGUGGAACUAUAAAAGGGUACAACAUUCCCAUGAACAGCAUUACCGGCUGCAUACGGGAUUUCAGAAUGAAUAAUGUUGCUGUUGGAGAACCAGAAACAAGCUACAGAACAUUACCCUGCCCUGAUGGGUUCACGGAGAUGGGAACGUACUUUGGUGGUGGUCACAUCAUCUUAGAUAAUUACCUCACCGUCAGCUCCCACUUUGUCUUGUCCUUCGAGCUGCGCCCUCGAUACCAGACAGGUCUCCUCUUUCUCGCUCGAAGUGACAACGCCAGCCUCAGUGUUUACCUAAUGGAAAACAAGGUGGGUGUGGAAGUGAAUAUUGGUAACACUGCUGUCAGUGUCUCUGUGACUCCUCGUAAGAGUCUCUGCAAUGGAAGGUUUCACAUGGUUACAGUGUCCAAACAGAAUGAUGUUUUCAAAAUAGCCGUGGACUCCACGUCUGAGGAGAAAGCUUUUCCAGUCACAGCCAUGACACACGCGACAACACUGAAGUAUCUCCACAUCGGAGGGACCAGAAAUUACAGCCAAGUCCCUGUGUCCUCACCAUUUGUGGGCUGCUUGCGAAAAGUGAAGAUCAACGGACGGCCUGUUGUUUUUGAGACAGAAUCCACAUUGACUGAUGCCGUGAGCCUCAGCGGAUGUCCCAAAGGAUAAAGUCGUUAAAGUCAUUAAACCACUUUGCGUCAAAGUCAUAUGUGCCACAUGUGUUUGCCUGAAACCACAGAGCCUCAUUUGAUUUUAUACUGAAAAGAAACCAAAUAAAUGUUUAUGUAUAUGAGGUUGAAUUUACUGACAUUUGCCCAGAUGUCAGUGAUCAUCCCAGCGUGUGAUUUCUUUCAUUUUUAAUAUUAAUAUAAUUGAACCAGAUUAUAAUUACAAAUCUCAUACAUAUCAUGGUAUUGGAUCUCAAAUGAUGUGUUUCACUCUGCAAUGUUUUGUUGUUUAUUAAUGUUGAUUAAAACAAACCUGUCUGCUGCUACAGACACAGGACAAACACUG